AUAUCGUACCGAAACGGCCACCCGUCGCAACCGAACGUCGUACACUGCACCGACCGCGGCCGUACCAUUUGCUAUCGAGACGACGGAGUUGCCGACCACGCACCACCACUCGUUCAGCGAUCGACGAGACGCGAUCCGAGUACUGUUGACGGCACUUCGCUGUUGUCGACGAUACGGCGAAUACAUUCGCCGCGAUGCAGUCCCAAACGCACCAUGCAGCCACGGUCAUACUGAAACUGGAGGACAACUCGGCCGCUGCGUCGGCCGUCAUUUUUGCCAGCCUAUUCUGUACGGUCCUCGGUGUCACCAUUCAUUCGGCGGCCACCACCAUGUUGAUAUUGAGUGCUCUCAGUCAGAAUGAAACUUUGCUCCAAGACCAGUUUGGUUUGUUAGAAUUGGCACAUAGAGAAUACCAAGCUGGAGAUUAUGAAAGUUCUGAAAGACAUUGUAUGCAACUUUGGCGUCAAGAACCUAACAACACUGGUGUAUUAUUACUUUUGUCAUCCAUACAUUUUCAAUGCAGACGCUUAGAUAAAUCUGCUCAGUUUUCGUCAUUGGCUAUUAAACAUAAUCCUCUACUAGCUGAAGCAUACAGUAAUCUAGGAAAUGUUUUCAAAGAACGUGGACAACUUCAAGAUGCACUAGAUAAUUAUCGUCAUGCUGUACGUUUAAAGCCAGAUUUCAUUGAUGGCUACAUAAAUCUGGCAGCUGCUCUUGUAGCUGCUGGUGAUAUGGAACAAGCGGUUCAAGCGUAUGUUACAGCAUUACAGUAUAAUCCUGAAUUGUAUUGUGUUCGAAGUGAUCUUGGGAACUUGUUGAAGGCAUUAGGCAGAUUGGACGAGGCUAAGUCUUGCUAUUUGAAAGCUAUCGAAACUCGACCAGACUUUGCUGUUGCUUGGAGUAAUCUAGGAUGUGUAUUCAACUCCUUAAAUGAGAUAUGGUUAGCUAUCCAUCAUUUUGAAAAAGCUGUUGCUUUGGAUCCAAACUUUUUGGAUGCGUAUAUCAAUCUUGGGAAUGUAUUAAAGGAGUCAAGAAUAUUUGAUCGGUCAGUAUCUGCUUAUCUUCGGGCAUUGGCAUUGAGCCCAAAUAAUGCUGUUGUACAUGGAAAUUUGGCUUGUGUUUAUUACGAACAAGGUCUCAUUGAUUUGGCAAUUGAUACCUAUCGCCGUGCAAUAGAAUUACAACCCAAUUUUCCUGAUGCAUACUGCAAUUUGGCAAAUGCUUUAAAAGAAAAAGGCCAAGUAACUGAUGCUGAAGAGUGUUAUAACACAGCAUUGAAAUUAUGUCCUACACACGCAGAUUCUCUAAACAAUUUGGCAAAUAUAAAACGCGAACAGGGUCAUAUAGAAGAAGCAACUCGACUAUAUUUGAAAGCUUUAGAAGUAUUUCCAGAAUUUGCUGCUGCUCAUUCCAAUUUGGCUUCUGUUCUUCAACAACAAGGCAAAUUAACAGAAGCUUUAAACCAUUAUCAAGAAGCUAUUCGUAUUCAACCAACAUUUGCAGAUGCUUACUCAAACAUGGGAAACACUCUCAAAGAAAUGCAAGAUAUACCGAACGCUUUACAAUGUUAUUCAAGAGCUAUACAGAUAAACCCAGCAUUUGCUGAUGCUCACAGUAAUUUGGCUUCUAUUCACAAGGAUUCUGGAAAUAUACCAGAAGCUAUUGCUUCUUAUAGAACUGCUUUGAGACUAAAACCAGACUUCCCUGAUGCUUAUUGCAAUCUUGCACAUUGUUUACAAAUUGUGUGUGACUGGACUGAUUAUGAACCACGUAUGAAAAAAUUGGUUAGCAUUGUUGCUGAACAACUGGAGAAAAAUCGUCUACCUUCUGUCCAUCCUCAUCACUCUAUGCUGUAUCCAUUAUCUCAUAAUUUUAGAAAGGCAAUUGCUGGACGUCACGCUGCAUUGUGUUUGGAAAAAAUUCAAGUUUUGCAUAAACCUCCUUACAAUUACGUUAAAGAUUUAGCUCCUGGCAACCGCUUACGAAUUGGAUAUGUUUCAUCAGAUUUUGGUAAUCAUCCUACAUCACAUUUAAUGCAAUCAAUACCAGGUUUGCAUAACAAAGACAAAGUUGAAAUAUUCUGUUAUGCUUUAUCUGCGGAUGAUAACACUACAUUCAGAUCCAAAAUUGCUAGGGAAGCAGAACAUUUCAUAGAUUUAUCAACUAUUCCUUGUAAUGGAAAAGCUGCUGAUAAAAUAAAUAGUGAUGGUAUACAUAUUUUGGUAAAUUUGAAUGGAUACACUAAAGGUGCUAGAAAUGAAAUAUUUGCAUUGCGUCCUGCUCCAAUACAAGUAAUGUGGCUUGGAUAUCCAGGUACCAGUGGAGCUCCUUUUAUGGAUUACUUAAUUACCGAUAGGGUUACAUCACCAAUCGAACUUGCAGCUCAGUAUAGUGAAAAAUUAGCUUAUAUGCCUCAUACAUAUUUUAUUGGCGAUCACAGACAAAUGUUUCCUCACUUGUGCGAAAGAAUUAUUUUAUCUGACAUACUGGCCUGCAAUAAAAAUGUUGCUGAUAAUGUAGCUGUCAUAAAUGCUACAGACUUAUCUCCAAUUAUUGAAAACACUAAUAUUAAAGAAAUUAAACAAGUUAUUGUUUCUGAAAUUGCUGAUUCUAAAUUGACUAGACCGGUUGAGGUUAAUUUUAAAGUAGCUGAAUUACCAACUACUACACAUAUUGAGACUAUGAUUGCUUCUGGACAGAUUCAAACUUCAGUAAAUGGAGUUGUAGUACAAAAUGGAUUGGCAACAAAUCAAACCAAUAACAAAGCAGCUACUGGAGAAGAAGUGCCAAAGAAUAUUGUUAUUACUACACGUCAACAGUAUGGUUUACCAGAAGAGGCAGUGGUUUUUUGUAAUUUUAAUCAAUUAUACAAAAUAGAUCCCAAUACUCUUACUAUGUGGGUCAAUAUAUUGAAAGCAGUUCCCAAUUCUGUAUUAUGGUUGCUACGUUUCCCAGCGGUUGGUGAAACUCAUAUUCUUAAUACUGCUGCUAAUUUGGGUAUUGGGCCUGGCCGUAUAUUAUUCAGUAAUGUUGCGGCUAAAGAAGAACAUGUACGUAGAGGACAAUUGGCUGAUGUAUGUUUGGAUACUCCUCUUUGUAAUGGUCAUACUACUAGUAUGGAUGUAUUGUGGACAGGCACACCUGUAGUUACCCUACCAGGAGAAACAUUAGCAUCCAGAGUAGCUGCAUCACAAUUGGCAGCACUUGGAUGCCCUGAACUCAUUGCUAGGAAUAGAGAAGAAUAUCAAGACAUCGCUAUUAGAUUGGGAACUGAUAAAGAAUAUUUGAAAACUAUGAGAGCAGAAGUCUGGCGAGCACGGUGUGAAAGUCCAUUGUUCAAUUGUUCAAUUUAUGCAAAUGAUUUGGAAAGGCUGUAUAGGGCAAUGUGGGAUAAGAACCAACGUGGUGAAAAACCUGAUCACAUCCUUUCAUUAGAAAAUUAUUAAACUUUUU